UGUGGCUAUAACAGAUGUAACAAAUCAAGAAGUAAACGAAAUGGCAACCGGAGGUCAGCCACAGACGCUAGAUAACCGCUUAUUUUUGUUUCGGUUACAAAUACUAGUCAUUGAUGGUGGCCUCCUUGUAUUGAGAACUAUACUGGACCAGUCCCUGACAUCUCAAUGCAUAACGUUCAGUGCGUGCUUGAAUCAAGAAAAGUCAACAAUAACACGUUUGAAAAGCCGCGGCGUUAUAACCCAGGUCCAAUAUGACGUGUUGUUUCCAGCGGGCGGUGAAGUCCCAUCUUCGUCAGAUUUGGACAUCACGCUGAUUAUUUGUCUUCUUAGAAAUCUGAAAUGUUUUGGAUUAAAUAAAAAAUUUGACUGGAGGGCAACACCAGCACCAACCGAUGUAACAAUGGAAGCAGACAUAUGUCGGUUAAAGGAUUUCCGAAAUAAAAUAAGUCUUAUAUCAACAACGACUGCAAUACAACAAAAUGAUUUUACAGCUUGGUGGAAUGAUAUUGAACAGAUACUUAUGCGUCAAAGUUCUUCAGCUUUGAAUAUUCAGCAAACAAUUGCCGAAUUCAAAACUUGCCCUCUUGAUCUGGAAGAAGAGAGAAGGAUACAGAAAGAAAUAAAAAAGUGGAAGGACUAUGAAGAUGGUGUUGACCGUCUUAAACAUGAAAUGAUAGCCGUGAAAGAAAAUGCAUCGUACGCGAAGAAAGACCUUGAAGACGUAAAAGGAAAUGUAACUGGUGUGAAAAAAGACGUAACAGAAAAUGAUACUGCAGUGAAGAGAAACCUUGAAGACAUAAUGGCAAAUGUAACUGAUGUGAAGAGAGACGUUGAUGAGAUCAAAAGACGGCAAGGGACAGAUGAAACAAGGCAGGACAGACAGAAGAAAGCAAACAUUUUUCAGAGGUUUUUAGAGAGGAGACGUUAUAACCGGAGGAAAACAAGUAAGAUUUUGCUUAAAUACGCUAUGCAUGUGACUUUCCAUAAUUGA